UGAGAUGUUCUUCUGUGAUUUCUCAUGUUUCAUCACCAAGCACGCCAACCACAACUCGCUACUCCUAUGAUCAUGCCCCAGCGCUAUGCCUAAUGGCGCACGCAAAGAAACGCGGCGCAUUGUUUAGCCUUAAGUGACCGCCUUCAUCUGGCUGAUCUCUGCACCUGUCCGUCUCUGAGCCUGGUUUCUAGCGGAUCACAUGGCAUAGCCAAGGAGUCAGGAUCGUGUCCACACACAUUAUGCGGAGACUCGCUGACUGCAUCGACGUUGAUGCAUUCUAUAGAACGGAAGAGAUCUCGAAAAGCGUCCGGGUCGUCUAUUGGCCCCUCCCCAGGAAUGCGUGACGUGAUAGAAGCGCCUCGACAGCCCCAACGCGCAUCGGUGGCAUCUAUCUCCGUCGGUCUACGAGCCCACCUAACCGCAUAUUUGAUAACGGUCCUGUUGUUUGAUCUGCUUUUUAGCCAGAAUGCCACGAGCCUUCACCCAUCCUCAGUCUCCAUUUACCUGCCACCUCUCACGUUCGGGAAAUCGGUGAGCGGCCCGACAUGGGGGUAUAUCGUUCUUGUAAGGGAGGAUGCGUUAUUAAUACCAUACCUUCGCUUCUUCUUCGGUCACUUGAGGCUGAUAGCUUCGAGGUAUGACACAUGGCUACCAAUGAUGCCUAAUAAGCUAAAGAUUGGCGCUCCGGUCAAGAGCAACUCCGUGAGGCAGCAGCAUGGGAAACCGGCUCCUUGUGCCAUCUCAUUAACUCGAUACACUCGAACUUCAACCAUUGGCAGCUCAGCAGGAUUCGGCGCUUUGCGAGCUUUGCCGAGGCCAAAGGCUCUCGAGGUGGAAUUGAUUGAUCAGGCCCCCGGCAUGAGAACGGGCGACCUCUACUCCGACAUUCAAGCCCGCAAUACGCCACAAGGUUCUACAGUCUCAAGGAGAGUUUCAAGCCCUACGAAGUACCUAGCUAUGAUAACCCUAUAGGGCUAGACGCUAUUUAGUAGUUGCGUUGAAGAAGCCUCCGGGCGCCGUGCAAGACGUCGAAUGGGAAUGGCACUUCUCAGCCGUAGUGUUGGUUCUAAUAGGGGUUGCUUCUACAAACCACCUUAACCAACUAUCUAGGUCUCGGGUCUUAUUGCGCAUUUCAGUCAACGACAUGUCGUCUACGUUGGUUCAAAAUACACAAGGGCUGCUACCACAACCUCCUCGUGCUGGGCACCAGGAGAUAGUAAUGGGCUCACUCUCUGUAUCACCCUCCUGACCUUAGCUAUAAUACCUCGUGGUCGAGGUGGCCACGUGUAAAGGGGGUGAUGUCUUACCUAUCCAAUAGCCCUCUCACAGAGUGUCUCAGCCGAUCUGAUCUCUUAGAUUGGCUAAUCCAUCAUGUCUACCAUGUAGUACAGUGUGAUUGACAGGGGAAGCCUCAAGAUAUCCGCUACGAUCGUGACCUGACGAGGGCGCCUCGGAGAAUCUCAGUAGCCUGGUAUCACUUCUGGGAAGCGAGAGGCGAGACGGCAGCGUACCCCCACUCUCUGGCGGGGCGUAGAGUGCGGGCGGCGUUUCUUCAGGUUGCUGUUUCGCUGACGAAGCAUCUAGCGAGAGUGGAC